AUGGCUUGGAACGUUGGGUUCCGCAAAGUUGUGAUUGAGAGUGAUUCAUCUAGUGUGGUCACUGUGCUCACCAGAAGUGGUGCAACAGUCCGUGAAAAUCAGUUGAUUUCUCGUAUACGGACUUGGUUGGAUAGAAGCUGGUCUGUUUUUGUUCAGCACACUUUAAGGGAAGCAAAUACUUGUGCAGAUUGGUUAGCAAACUUUAUUAUUGAUCAUGGUAAUCAGGAUGACCGAUUAGUGUGGGGGGAGCCUCCUCCUGGACUAAUCCCGCUUCUUAAUGCUAAUAUGGCGAGUGUGGGAAGACCUCGUGUCUUAGGUUGUAAUUCGUAG